AUGACAGCAACAAACAACAACAGCAACUAUAUCGUUUCUGAUGAAAAAGUUAUUGAUUCAUUAGCUGAGGAAUUAGUUGUGGCAGAAACUAAAACCCUCAACGAAAGAAUUGGUGAAAACAAGAUUGAUUUACAUAACUACCUCAAACACGAUGGAGGAAGAGGAAGGAAAACUGGUAUGGCUUUAUUAGUAAAUAAAAUUUCAAAUUUAACGAUUAUAGAUGUUGAUAUCAAUAAAUCAUACAAUGAUGAACUUAAAGAAACAGUUAGAAAAGAUAUUUUAUCAAAACUUUCGGAUAAAGAUGUUAUCGUUAAAACCGCUUCAGGAGGUCUUCACAUUUAUUGCAACACUAAUUUCUUCUAUGCAGUUUCGAACAGAAUGAUUAAAUGCUAUUCUUGCAAUGAUUAUGAUAUUGACAUAAUGACUUCUAUGGAUGAUUCAAAGCGUUCUUUAGUGGUUAUGGCUGAUUCAAGA